AAGAGCUUCAACCACAAAACCAAGACGUGGCCAGGCCUGACUGAUACCAAGUACUUAAAGGCUGUCUUUGUACCUGGUCAUUCACAUCAUCCAUCUGAACCGGAAAUAAUCUGCCAAUCUGCCAAUCAGACAUCAUGACCGACUCCUUCAAAUCAGCACACUAUGACCAUCCCAUUCCGGAUGUCAGCAAGCCUUUCGACUUGAGAUGCCCCGACAACACAGACCUCUGGCGCAUCCCUCCAUCAACAGACCGAACAGAUACACCUCACAUCUACCGCACAAUCCGUGCCUCGGACUUCAAAUCAGCAAAAGUCACAGUUUCCGGACCUUGGACUGUACUCUACGAUCAAGGCGGUCUUUGCAUGAUCAUCGACAUCCCCAACUCCAAGCAGAACAAAUGGGUCAAGACCGGAGUUGAGAUGCUGAACGGAAAGCCUCGUGUCAGCGUUGUGGCGACAGAUAUUUGGUCAGAUUGGAGUUUACACCCGGUUGUUGCGGCUGACAAGGUAUCUGCUACUAUUGAGAUGAUUGUUGAGCAUGAUCAUCUAUGGGUUUACUUGAUUGGCGACGAUGGCGAGCGCCAUCCUAUGAGAGAAAUCACGUGGUGGAACGCUUUGCCCAAAGACGCAGAACUCAAGGUCGGAGUGUCUGCAGCAAGACCGGCUACUGAGAAGGGCGAAUUGAUUGUGCAUUACGAGAAUCUGGUCAUUAACGCAUAGACACAAGUAUUUGUCUGUGUUGAGUUAAACUGGUAUUUACGUACGCUCCUCCAAGCGUAUUAUUACAAUGAUAAUUAUCCCAACGAGAAUAUACUCCCGGACCAUCCUAGAAAAACCCCCUUUGGCAAUUGGUAAUCGAUACAUGCAAGCAUUCAGAAUCAUGAAAUGAAGGUGGCCUCGGUGAAGAGGGAACCCUCCUCGGUCUUCUCUUCACCACCAAU